UAUAGUUUACUGUCAAAUGGAGAAUACCGUCGAGAGUUUCGAGUUGUAGAAAAUAAAAUUAACACUCACGUGAUUGAAACAAAAUGGCAACUCAAUUGGCCACUGUCUCGUGAUUUUUUGAGAAGUGCUGCGAGUGUUCAGUGCUAUUGGGAGAGUUUUAUUAUUGUUUAUUACGGCGGGGGGAGGGAAAUUGCAGGCAUGAGACCAUGAUCCACUGGUCUGGAUCACCCGACUCUGUUUUUGUGGAUUCAUAAAAAUGUUCAGAGCAGAGGAGUCCCCGAAAGGCUCCUUCCUCCAGCAGACAAAGGCAGCCCGGGAGGAGCGCGCCCACGAGAAGCGCCGCGAGGCCGCAGUGGUGACAAUCCAAGCCUCGAUCAGGGGCUUUCUCUCCCGUCGAAAAUUCUCCACCCGAAUUCUCCUCGACUUCGACGAGUUCUUUCCCGAGGAGGCCACCCCGGACGCCUCCAUCGAGCUCAAGCCCGUCCUCCAGGUGUUCAGGCACAUCUCUCGUUUCCUCAUCGUCUUCAGACGUGACAGGGAUCAGCCCCGCAUCGAGAGGCUCUGCAGGUACCUCGCCAAGUCCCUGGACUCCGAGUCCCCCAAGUUCUCUUACGUCGGGGUGGCCCUCAACAAGGAGCACUACAUCACCUGGAUCUCCCAGAUGAAGACUGUUUUGUUUCACUGCAUGCUGGGGCUGGACGAUUUGAGGCCCGAGAGACCUGGGGAUCAUCGCUCCAUUCUCCUGAGGCUCCACACACUCGUCAGCUUCACCUCUUCGGGGACGUGGGCCAUUCAGAGGGUCAAGGGCAUGGACAAACUCAAGACUGGCAUGCAGCAGCUGUGCGCCAAUAUCAUGGGCCAUCUAGUCAAUAACGGAUUUUAUGCUGUUAUGAAGGUAUUAUUGGUGAAGGGUCUGGGUAGAGAAAAGAUAUCUCUGAAGCCUGUUGCCCUCUCAGCCGCAGUCACCCUCACAAUGAGGCCUCUUAUAUCCUCACAGAUGUCUGACAAACUCAUAUCGCUGUUCCUCAUAAACAUCUUCAGUGUUCCUGCGCUAGUUUAUCAUCUGAACCUCCUGGCGCCUGAGUGCAUCACAUCCUUCGCGACCCACAGCCUCUUUCCGCGGAGCCUCGAGCUCUUGAACUCCGACCAGGACCUCCGGAUAAUCUUCAACGCCCUCGAGGGCAGUUACGCCCUCUGCCUGCUAGCAAACCUAAUCCAACUCGCGUCGAUAGAGUCUGAGGACCUCCUCAAGGACCUCUACUUCCCCUCCUUCACCUUCGUCGUGACAAAGAUGUUGGAGUCCUGCCAGCAGUACGUUGUCUCAAAGCAGAGCAACCUGACGCACUGGCACCCGGUGCUGGGUUGUUUCGCGCAACCAGUGGAUCCCCUCCUUCACUCGGCCAUCGGCCACACGAAGGUCCAACUGGGUCUCCUCUGGAGCGGUAAAAUCGUCCAGCAGCUGAUGGGCAAGAGCCUUACGGAGAUCGUCGAGAAGGAGGUGAUCAUCACCGACAACAAUCAGAGCACCUCCAACUCAAACAUCUUCAAGCGGGCGUUCUUCGAGACCCGCGGCAACCGCAACAACUCGACCAAGAACUGGCGGAAGCUCGGCAGCCCGGAGACGACGAAGAUCGCGUUGAUCUGCUCGCUCUAUCAGACCGCCUUGCAUACCUUAACUCAGAUGAAGCUGGACAUCCUGACGGGACUGUGCUACCAGGACAAGAUACUCUACCACCUCUGGCUGUUCCUCAAUACUCUCGGGCCUAACUGCGGACUGAAAGCAUUCCUGGACCAUCUCGCCGCGAACACCAAGUGUUCCGCCCCGGAGUUCCAGAUGCUUAUCCUCUUCUGCGACUGCAUGACGCAUUACGUGACAAUCCUCGACGACAUGGAGAUGUACGAGCAGCAGGAGCCGUUCAAGCUACAGGACUUCGUGACGAUGGGCUUCUUCCUGAAUCAGUUCUUGUAUAAAGGAGUCCUGGGUAAUCUUUUCGACGUGAAGACUGUGGGCAGCAAUCCCCUGUUCGUCAGUCUUCACACCUUGCUGAUGGCGAUCUACAGGAGGGACUGCAGAAGGAACUUUUGUCCCGACGGACACUGGCUAGCGAAGGAAGUCCGAGUGUCUGGGUUCCUUGCGGACCUCGAGAAAGGCCGGAGAGGAGCAGCGCUGCUCCUCUCGAAGAUGCCUCACGUCAUCCCUCAUUCGGAACGCGUCGUUCUGUUCAGGAAGCACGUGGCUGACGAGAAAGCGGUCCUCGGUCUGACCGAAUCCGCCUGUAACAGCCCUCCUUCGACUCUCAUAGCUGUGCACAGAUCGCGAAUCGUUGAGGAUGGCUACCGUCAGCUGGCGAUGCUACCGUCGCAAGCCCUGAAAGGCGUCAUCAGGGUUAGAUUCGUCAACGAGCAGGGCCUCGACGAAGCUGGGAUCGAUCAGGAUGGCGUCUUCAAGGAGUUCCUCGAGGAGACCAUCAAACGCGUUUUCGAUCCUUCCUUGAAUCUCUUCAAGGCGACGACGGAGAACCGUCUGUAUCCGUCGCCGACGUCGUACAUGCAGGAGAACCAUCUCCAGCUGUUUGAGUUCGUCGGCCGGAUGCUGGGGAAGGCCGUCUACGAGGGAAUCGUCGUGGAUGUUCCCUUCGCGUCGUUCUUCGUUUCGCAAUUCUCCGGCCAAGCUGGGGGCGCCCUCUACAGCUGGCUUGAUGAACUCGCGUCCCUAGAUCGGGAUCUGUACAGGAGUCUGACGCUUGUCAAACACUAUAACGGCGAUGUCAGCCAGCUUGAGCUCACCUUCUCCCUCGAUGAAGACGUCAUGGGGGAACUGGUGACGCAUGAACUCAAUCCGGGGGGCAAGGCCGAACCCGUCACUAAUUUUAAUAAGAUUAAUUACAUUCAUCAUAUGGCGCACUUCAGGAUGCACAGGCAGAUUAAGGACCAAACGGCUGCGUUCAUCAAGGGGUUCAAGAGCAUCAUCAACCCCGAGUGGCUUUCUUUGUUCUCCACGCCUGAGCUACAACGUUUGAUCUCGGGAGAUAACGUGCCUCUAGACCUCAGGGACUUGAGGAGGCACACGCAAUACUACGGCGGCUUUCAUGAUAGCCAUCGAGUUGUUUGUUGGUUGUGGGAUAUCCUUGAAAAGGAUUUCAGUGAGGAGGAGCGAGGUCUCUUUCUCAAAUUUGUUACUAGUUGCUCUAAGUCACCACUCCUCGGCUUCGCACACCUGGAGCCGCCGUUUUCCAUCAGGUGUGUUGAGGUGGGCGAUGAUGAGGACACGGGAGACACUAUUGGAAGUGUCAUCAGGGGAUUUUUCACGAUUCGGAAGAAAGACCCUCAGAAUCGCCUGCCAACAUCAUCAACCUGCUUCAAUCUCCUCAAGCUCCCGAACUACCAGAAAAAGAGCACAUUGAGGGAAAAAUUGAGGUACGCGGUGACAAGCAACACCGGAUUCGAGUUGUCAUAACAAAAGAUCGAAGACACGCGAGAGGAAAAUUCUGGACCAAAGAAAAUCGAUAAAAAUCGAGGGAAAAUUCUUACUCAUCACUUAAUUCUCUAGUGAUGCGAAUCAUCAAUCAUUUUCACGAAUGAUAACGGAAGAAAUUGAAUAAGGAAAACUGUUUGCAUGCAACGCGUGAUAGGUACUGAUGCGGAGUGGAAUAAAAAGAUGAUUAUUUCAUGAACCUGAGGAGAUGGGUCAUUGAAUUUAGUUUCAAUCGAUAGCCAGGCAAAUUUCCGGUUCAAAACACUGGUCAUGAACCCUUUUAUCUCCUCUGCUUGUCUAGAUAACGAACAAAACGGUUUUCAAGGUCAAAUAAACAAGUUUGACCUUGAAAACGUUUUCCUUGAUAUCUGGGCAAGUUGAAGGGAUAAAAGGGUGUAUGACCCGUGUUUUGAGCUGGAAAUUUUCCGGACUUUCGAAUGGUACCACUCAAAAUAAUCUCCAGGGACAUUUUAAUUUUUUCCACCACUCUCAAGCCUAACGAUGUAAAUAUAACCUAAAAAUACUUAGUCGCAAUUUCAUUCGAAUCUUAGGUUUUGCAAUUCAUUUUUCACUUAGUUGCCAUGUUAAUUUUUCCGUAAGUAAUGGAAUAAUAAAUCACCGAAUUUGAUACUUCUGUACAUUAAAAAUUGUUUAAUAUUUUUUUAACAAGCGAUAACAUGUAAAUUAUAUACAAAAUGUCACAAAUAUACAUAAUUUCAUUAAUCA